CAUUAGCGCGCGCUUACAGCUCAAACCCUCCGUCUCCGUUGAGAGUGACGUCUGCGUGCUGCUCGGUUGCUAGCUAACAACAAAGACUCAACUUCCAGAGGCAGACUCUCUCCUUCUCCUUCUCGGUUAUAACUCAAACUGCAGCCUCCUUUUUAACGGGACUAACGCGAAAAGGCGACACACACACACACACAAACACAAACCAACCUCUUCGUUACUACGCAGACUUACAACCUCCAUAGCAACCAUGUUUGAGGCUCGCCUGGUGCAGGGGUCCAUCCUGAAGAAGGUGCUGGAGGCUCUGAAGGAUCUGAUCACUGAAGCCUGCUGGGACGUCAGCUCGUCCGGUAUCUCCCUGCAGAGCAUGGACUCCUCUCACGUCUCCCUGGUCCAGCUCACCCUAAGGCACGACGGCUUCGACUCGUACCGCUGCGACAGAAACCUCGCCAUGGGAGUCAACCUCAGCAGUAUGUCAAAAAUCCUGAAGUGUGCAGGAAACGAAGACAUCAUCACCCUCAGAGCAGAAGACAAUGCAGACACACUCGCCCUGGUGUUUGAGACACUCAACCAGGAGAAGGUGUCAGACUAUGAGAUGAAACUGAUGGACCUGGAUGUGGAGCAGCUGGGAAUUCCAGAGCAGGAGUACAGCUGUGUGGUGAAGAUGCCCUCUGGGGAGUUUGCCCGCAUCUGCCGCGACCUGUCCCAGAUCGGUGACGCCGUCAUGAUCUCCUGCGCCAAGGACGGAGUCAAGUUCUCCGCCACAGGAGAGCUGGGUACAGGAAACGUCAAGCUGUCCCAGACCAGCAACGUGGACAAAGAGGACGAGGCGGUCACUAUUGAGAUGAAUGAACCCGUCCAGCUGAUCUUUGCCCUCAACUAUCUGAACUUCUUCACCAAAGCCACGCCGCUGUCCAAGACUGUGACCCUCAGCAUGUCCGCUGACAUCCCCCUCGUGGUGGAGUACAAGAUUGCUGAUAUGGGACAUGUCAAAUAUUACUUGGCACCUAAAAUCGACGAAGAGGCUUCUUAAGUUGUUUAUAACCGCCCAAAAAUGGAGAAUAGAGAAAAAGCAGGCGACUGGGACUUGUCCUGAGUGACUGAAGGGCUGAAGUGAUCUCAUGGUGGUCCCCUAAUCACUGUUAUCACUGAUGUCUUCCUGUCUAAUGAAAUUCACAGCAGGAGGUGUUGUCAACUUAUCAACAGUCAGCAUAUGAAUGGUGCCAUCUGUGUGAUGUAAUGAAGCUUCAGUACUCUGCCUUUGAAGACGAGUUCAGAGCGGCUGGUUGCAGUCCAGACAGCCCCGGUGUAAAUUUCAGCACUUGUUCGCUCCACUUUGGUGUCUGUCUCUCUAUUUUUGCCCAUUUUGGGAAAGCAGAUUUCAAGUAUCCCAUUCCUUCUUGUAGAUAACACAUUUGUAAAUACUUCCUGUGGUUUCUCACUGUCAGACAACCCCAAAUGUUUUGUAUUCAUUGAUUCAGUCCAAAAUAAAUCAAGUUGUUUCCAAUAA